AUGGCUGCCUAUACCAGAAAACUUCAGGUUAUCAUCGUCGGUUCCGGCCUGGCUGGUCUCGCUACUGCUCGGAUAAUCCGUGAAUCUCACGAUGUCACGAUUUACGAAAAGGCGGGCCCUGAUGCCGCAACCGGAGGGCAAGGUAUUAGCUUGUCCCCUAAUGCGAUACGUAUACUGGAUUCCAUUGGGUUCGAUCGCGAACGCGCGGGCGCUGUGAUAUCGUCUGGCUACCGGUCGUUUGAUAAAGAUGGGCAUAUGCGGGUUGACCUAGAAGUCGACUUUGUCGCCAGGUACGGCGCCGACUUGCUUACCUUCAAAAGAUCCGACUUUAGAGACGAGCUUUUCCGACUUGCAAUGGCUUCAUCUGACGAGCUCGGCACACCACUUAACCCUGUCAAGUUUGUGUCCAACAACGGUGUUGUCGAUAUCAACCCCUUAGAAGGCAUUGUGACGUUGGCAGACGGUUCUAUUGUACAGGGGGACGUCGUCAUUGUUGCGGACGGAAUUCACUCCCGUCUUAGGGCACAAAUUCUCGGAAGCGACCAAUACGUGGCAAAGAAGAUGGGGGCAACAUGCUACCGUGUUGCCCUUUCAGUGGACAGAGCGAAGGAAGUCCUGGGUGAACUGCCUUUCUGGUGGGAUCCUACGACAAACAAGAAUCGGCCGUGUAUGAUCGAAGCCCGUGAUGGGAGCCACCGGUUCAUCGCGGCGUACGCAAUGCGCAACUCCCAAUAUAUGAACUUAUCUGCCGUCUUUCCCACACCCAAAGACCGAGCGAGCAGCCUUGAUAGCUGGUACGCUGAAGCUGACCGGAACGAGGUGCUGGAAGUAUUCAGGGACUUCCACGAGCCUGUCCGUAAAAUGCUCAGUGCUGCGGACGAGCUCAAGAUGUGGGAUCUCCAGGACAUUGAUCCGUUACCCACGUGGACCAAAGGACGCGCCAUUUUGAUCGGUGAUGCUGCGCAUGCUAUGACCCCAAUGCAGGGUCAAGGAGCCAACAUGUCCAUUGAAGAUGCAGAGAGCUUCCGCUUACUAACGGCGACGGUGGGUCCUGAAAAUGUCCCUAUAAUUCUGAAGCAAAUCGACAGCAUUAGGAGACCACGUGCCAGCAAAGUCUUGGAAGACACACGCGCUAUAUCCGAUAAGAUAUCUCUUGAGGAAGUCAUUGCGAAGAUGGACUUCAAUAUGAGCUACAAAGGGAUUCACGAAGCUAUGGCGAAGGCAAAGGGAGAUAGUGAUUCCAGUGAAUGA